AUGCGUCUCACUAUAUGUGUGGCUUUAGGCCUUGUGGGCAGCGUUUUCACUGCUCCUGCGCCAGAAGCCUGCAAAGACGAUAGGACUGAUGUUGUGCUCCAGCCUUAUGCCAUUGUGCAUGAUGGCAAAACAUCUACUAUGACUAUUACGCGCACUUAUACGGAUGGCUCAUGGUCUGCCCAGACUCUAGUUCCUCCUCAGCAGUAUAACCCUGACUCAACUACCUCUCCCGAAGUCCCAAGUCUCUGCAUCAACUGUAUUACUAUCACUACUACCGGUCCCGUUCCUUAUGUCACUACAGUUCCCCCUGCUUCGGACGGAGGAAAGACUACAGUCUUUACCUGUAUCGGGCGCAAGACUGUAACUGUAACUGGUACAGUUUCAAGCACUAUAACUAUCCCUCCGUCUCCCCAUUGCAAUGAGUGCUCAGCUACGGUAGUUGUUCCAGCUACUGUUACCGAUAUCAAGACUGUAACAGCACCUGCAUGCCAUGAAUGCAUUACUGUUACUGUUAGCGGAACUGCCCCUUGGAUCACUACAGUCCCCCCGGCUUCAUCAGGGGGUACGACUACAGUCUUUACCUGUCCGGGCCAGAAAACGGUGACCGUAACUGGAACAAUGUCAAGCACCACCACUAUCAACCCUACAUCGGGAUGUACCGAUUGCACAGUCACAGUGAUUAUUCCCCCAGCCACAUCCUCACUUGCCAGUGGGCUUGUUACUACAAUCACGACGACUGGUACCGCAACUGGCAUUACUACCCUGCCUGCGACUAGCGGUGGUACUACUACUGUCAUUACCACUGCUACAGGACCUUCCCUGGUUACUGCAACUACGAUGGCAGGAAUAUCAACUAGUCCAGCCACCUUACCUGUCUCUAGUAGUGGACCAACUACUACUAGGGCUUAUACGACAUCAGCGCCAGCCGGAGCUCUUACUACAAUCACUAGGCAGGGUACCACUACUGGUCUAACUACCUUACCUGCUACCUCAGGUGGCACUACUACAGUGGUUACGUAUACAACCCCUGGCGGUGGCCUCACCACUGUGACUUCAACUGCAUCAACCACUGGCUUGACAACACUUCCCGCAACAAGUGGUGGCACUACAACUAUUGUCACCGGCGGAACUACAACCAUCGUUACAUUUGUGACAGUCCCUGGAGGUGGCCUCAUAACUAAGACUUCAACUGCUUCUACUACUGGUCUAACUACUCUCCCGGCAACAAGCGGCGGAACUACGACUGUUGUUACAUUUGAAACAUCCCCUACCACUAAGAUCUCUACAGUUUCCACUACUGAUCUGACUACCUUACCUACUACCUCAGGCGGAACUACAACUGCUACUUCUGAGUGCUCUGUGGUAUCAGUGGCAACCACAGUUAACGCAACCCUCAAUUCGUCAGGAUCAGCCAGUUUCCAAGUACCCGCCUGUGCCACGAGCAUGGCAUUCAGUGUCACUGGUGGUUCAGUUGUGCCGGGGCAGUCAAUCCAGGCUAUAGCUGGAGGUCAAGGCUUAGGCUCUGGUACAGGAAUAGGUUACCCUGGACAGGGAUAUGGUAACGGUGGCAAUGCCACUCAAAAUGGCGGAACUGGCGGUGCAGGAUCAGCACUCUUCGUCGGGGGAAACUUGGUUGUCGUCGCUGGCGGUGGAGGAGGUUGCUAUUCAGCCUAUGAGUGGCACUUGAAAGGCGACUCCCGAUACUACCCUUAUCGACCUAACUCUGUGGAUGUAAGCAGGGGCGGAAGUAUCGCUGGUGUUCGGGGCUCUGACGGUUGGGACUUACCCAUCAAUCAAUUCCUCAAGCCGGGCAAUGAAAUUGCGACUAUGCUUACUAUGGGAGGAGGCAAAGCUGGUACUACCACUGGUCCUGGUGCCGCAGGUGAUUACAUCUCUGGAGUCCAUCUCGGCUUCGCUGCAGGUCAACCAGGAAACGGUCGCAAUGGAGGUGAUGGCGGUACUGCUAAUCAUACAGGUCUUGCAGGAGGUGGCGGAGGUGGUGGCGGCGGCUACUUUGGAGGAGGUGGUGGUGCUAGUGGAUGGCAUCAGAACGAAACAGCAUAUGGAGCUGGUUCUACGGUUUAUGCUGGCGAGAUAGCAGGCUCUCCUGGCGGUGGCGGAGCAAGUUAUGCUGCACCUGGUCUGGAUAUCGCUGAGACUUGGCAAACAGAAACGGCUCCUGGCAGUGUUAUUCUGACCUUCUUCUAA